CUGCCCGGGGGUGCGGCGGGGAAGAAGCGCCGCGGGCAGGCUGCGGGGGUGGGGAGGGGGAGAGUCGCCCGCCCACGCACGCACACUUUUCUCCCAUCCCCGGCGGAGAAGUGAAAGAAGUUUGUUUUGUUGAGCGGCGUGCGGUGGGGUUUUUUGUUGUUGUUUUUAUUUUUUUUUCUUUCAUCUUAAACACGGUUGUGUGGGGUUUGGGUUGUUUUUUUCUUCUUUUUUUUUUUUUUCUUUCCUUUUCCUUCCCCCUCUCCCGAUAACUUUCUUUGCACACACACACUAAGCCAGCCGAUAAGACCAGGAGGGGCCGAAAGGGGAAGGUGAUGGCGAGCCGGCAGAAAUCUGCCGAGCCCCGCCGCCGCUGAGCCCUCCAGGGCCGGCAGCCUCCUCCGGUCUCCCCGCCCGGUGCCCCGGGCCCCCGCCGCCCCCCGACAAAUGGUGGAGCGCACCGCGCCCCCGCACUGCCCGCCUCAGCCCCGGACCCCGACGGUCGCGGCCUCCGCCCGCGUUUGACGCCAAGAUGUUGCUUCCAGCCGCCUGAAGGAUAUUUUUCCCUCUCUCCCUCUCCUUGCCCCCGCAGGCUGCCGGCGACACAAGAUCUUGGAUGAGUUUUGCAAUGUGAAGUUCUGCAUAGAUGCCAGUCAACCAGAUGUAGGAAACUGGCUCAAAUAUAUCAAGUUUGCUGGAUGCUACAAUCAGCACAACCUUGUUGCAUGUCAGAUAAGUGACCAGAUAUUCUACAGAGUGGUAGCAGAUAUUGAACCAGGAGAGGAGCUCUUACUGUUCAUGAAGAGUGAAGAUUAUUCGCAUGAAACAAUGGCUCCGGACAUUCAUGAGGAGCGCCAGUAUCGCUGCGAGGACUGCGACCAGCUCUUUGAGUCUAAGGCUGAGCUUGUAGACCACCAGAAGUUCCCCUGCAGCACACCCCACUCCGCCUUCUCCAUGGUGGAGGAGGACUUCCAGAAAAAGCUUGAGAAUGAGAAUGACCUUCGGGAUGUGCAUGAAAUCCAGGAGUGUAAAGAGUGUGAUCAAGUCUUCCCAGACUUACAAAGCCUGGAGAAGCAUAUGCUGUCACACAGCGAGGAGAGGGAGUACAAGUGUGACCAGUGCCCCAAAGCUUUUAACUGGAAGUCCAACUUGAUACGUCACCAAAUGUCGCACGACAGCGGGAAGCACUAUGAGUGUGAAAACUGUGCCAAGCAGGUUUUCACGGACCCCAGCAACCUUCAGAGGCACAUUCGUUCCCAGCAUGUUGGGGCUCGUGCUCACGCUUGUCCAGAGUGUGGCAAAACCUUUGCCACUUCUUCAGGCCUCAAACAGCACAAACACAUCCACAGCAGUGUCAAACCUUUUAUAUGUGAGGUCUGCCAUAAAUCCUAUACUCAGUUUUCAAACCUUUGUCGUCAUAAGCGCAUGCAUGCUGAUUGCAGAACCCAAAUCAAGUGCAAAGACUGUGGACAAAUGUUCAGCACUACGUCUUCCUUAAAUAAACACAGGAGAUUUUGUGAGGGCAAGAACCAUUUUGCAGCAGGAGGAUUUUUUGGCCAAGGCAUUUCACUUCCUGGAACCCCAUCUAUGGAUAAAACGUCCAUGGUUAAUAUGAAUCAUGCAAAUCCGGGCCUUGCUGACUAUUUUGGAGCCAAUAGGCAUCCUGCUGGUCUUACCUUUCCAACAGCUCCUGGAUUUUCUUUUAGCUUCCCUGGCCUGUUUCCUUCAGGCUUGUACCACAGGCCACCUUUGCUACCUACUGGUUCUCCUGUUAAAGGACUACCGAGCGCAGAUCAGACAAACAAAAGCCAAAGUCCCCUCAUGACAAAUCCUCAGAUACUGCCAGCCACCCAGGAUAUUUUGAAGGCACUAAAUAAGCAACCAUCAGUAGGGGAGAAUAAGCCAGUGGAGCUUCAACCAGAGAGGUCCUCUGAAGAGAGGCCGCAUGAGAAACUCAGUGACCAGUCAGAGAGUAGUGACCUUGACCUUGACGAUGUCAGUACCCCCAGUGGCAGUGACCUGGAAACCACCUCGGGCUCUGAUCUGGAAAGUGACAUUGAAAGUGAGAAAGAGAAAUGUAAAGAAAAUGGUAAAAUGUUCAAAGACAAAGUAAGCUCUCUGCAGAGCCUGGCUUCAAUAAAUAAUAAGAAAGACCACAGCAAUCAUUCCAUUUUCUCACCAUCCUUAGAGGAGCAGACUGCGGUGUCAGGAGCGGUGAAUGAUUCUAUAAAGGCUAUUGCUUCUAUUGCUGAAAAGUACUUUGGUUCAACAGGACUUGUGGGGCUGCAAGACAAAAAAGUCGGAGCCUUACCUUACCCUUCCAUGUUUCCCCUCCCGUUUUUUCCAGCAUUCUCUCAAUCAAUGUAUCCAUUUCCUGAUAGAGACUUGAGACCGUUACCCUUGAAAGUGGAGCCCCAAUCACCCAGUGAAAUAAAGAAGAUCCCAAAGGGAAGCUCUGAGUCUCCCUUUGAUCUCACCAUAAAGCGUAAGGAGGAGAAGCCACUCACUCCCAUACCCUCAAAACCAGCAGCCCCCUCUGCAGCAAGCCAGGACCAGCCUCUAGAUCUCAGCAUGGGCAGCAGAAGUCGAGCCAGCGGCACAAAACAAACUGAGCCUCGGAAAAACCACGUCUUUGGAGAAAAGAAAGGAGGCGACCUCGAGCAAAGGAAAGUUUCGGAGUCCUCCUUGCAGCACGCCAGGCCCACCCCGUUCUUUAUGGAUCCCAUUUACAGAGUAGAAAAAAGAAAGUUAAGUGACCCACUGGAAGCUUUAAAAGAGAAAUACUUGAGACCUUCCCCGGGAUUCUUGUUUCAUCCACAAUUCCAAUUGCCUGAUCAAAGAAUUUGGAUGUCAGCUAUAGAAAAUAUGGCCGAAAAACUGGAGAGCUUUAGCGCCCUGAAGCCGGAGGCCAACGAGCUGAUCCAGUCGGUGCCGUCCAUGUUCAACUUCCGCGCACCGCCCAGCGCCCUGCCCGAGACGCUGCUGCGGAAGGGCAAGGAGCGAUACACCUGCAGAUACUGCGGCAAGAUUUUCCCGAGAUCUGCAAACCUAACACGUCACUUGAGGACGCACACUGGAGAGCAGCCCUAUAGAUGCAAAUACUGCGACAGAUCCUUUAGCAUAUCUUCUAACCUGCAGAGACAUGUCCGUAACAUCCACAAUAAAGAGAAGCCAUUCAAGUGUCACUUGUGUGACAGGUGUUUUGGUCAACAAACCAAUCUUGACAGACAUCUAAAAAAGCACGAGAAUGGGAAUAUGUCUGGUACUGCAACAUCUUCACCUCACUCAGAACUGGAAAGCACAGGGGCAAUCCUAGAUGACAAGGAAGACUCUUACUUCACAGAAAUUAGGAAUUUUAUUGGAAACAGCAACCACAACAAUCAGUCCCCCCGAAACUCAGAGGAGAGAAUGAAUGGCAGCCACUUUAAGGAUGAAAAAGCCAUGGUAGCCAGCCAGAACUCAGAUUUGCUGGAUGACGAAGAGGCAGAAGAUGAAGUCAUGAUGGAUGAAGAAGAUGAAGAGAACGAAAUUGCAGGGAAAGCAGUCAAAGAGCCUGUUACAAGCGACAUGCACGAGGGGACCCCGGAGGAGGAUUAUGAGGAAACGAGUACUUUGGACAUGAACUGCAAAGCUUCCCCUGACAGGUAUAAAGAGGAAGAGUAUAAUAAGACUGGACUUUCGGCUUUGGACCACAUAAGGCACUUCACAGACAGCCUCAAAAUGAGGAAAAUGGAAGAAAAUCAAUAUAGUGAAGCUGAAUUGGCAGCUUUCAAUACUUCCCAGCUGCCAGAGGACCUAAAACAACCAUUGUACAGGAAAUCCAAAUCCCAGGCGUAUGCGAUGAUGCUCUCUCUCUCCGACAAGGACUCCCUUCAUUCCGCAUCCCACAACUCUCCCAAUAUGUGGCACAGUAUGGCGAGAGCCGCAGCAGAAUCCAGUGCCAUUCAAUCCAUCAGUCACGUAUGACAUUGUGAAGUCUUACCGAGAAUGGGACCAAGUCCAAAACCAGUAGCAUGGCUCUUUCAUAUAUGACUAUUUAAAAGACUGCUGAGCAGAAUGCCUUAUAAAUCUGCAGGGUCACUCAUCUAAAGUCCAGUGACCUUAAACUGAAUAAUUUUAAAAAGAAAGAAACUAUUUAUUCUCAAGAUUUUGUUUUGCACAGCAAAGGCAGCUGCUGACUUCUGGAGGAUCAAUGCGACUUAAAAAACAUACAAUAAAUAAAUGCAUUUCAGUGGAUUAUGUAAACUGGGGCCGGGAAAAAGUGUCUUCCAGUUCACCCGGCUUUGAGGGGCAGGGGCAAAAGGGUUAAGACUGCAUUGAUACACACAUGGGCACUCCUUUAAAUUAGGAGCUGAAUUGAUUUUCUUUUUGUAUAAGAUAGUUUGACACAGGAUUGGGAACAGUUGCUUUUAUGUACAAAUCUCUUCAUUAAAGCUUUAUGCAUUUUAGCCCUUCAAAGAAAGAUAAUAGUUCUAUCAAAUGCACACUAUCCAUCGUAAAUGUAGAAAGAAGUAGCAGGGAAUAUUUUGUUUUCUCCGUAAUUCUUUUGCCUUCUCAAAAAAAAAAAAAAAGAAAAAAGAAAAAAAAAAAGAGAAAAAAAAAAGACAAAAAAAGAA